AUGGCUAUACCACCGGAUACCGGCACCACCAACAUCGUCUUUAGUUAUGCCGAAGAGCUUAUCCAGUUUGGCUGUGACGGGACCCCAGAAUCGACGCAGUCACACCUCUUCCUCGGCUCCUCGGUCCUUAAAUGUCUUGAGCUGCAAGAGGUGGACAGGCAGGCAGGCAGAUUGACUAAUCACCUCGCCCACCGCUUGGUGACGUGGACAGUAAACCGUGAGGAUGCCAAUCGUGAUGGUGCAAGCACGUCUCCACUCUCGGACUUGACUUUGAGCAUGUACUCGACCCCCAUGCCGGAUGAGGAAAGCGAAAAGGAUCGCCAUCUAGAACAGCCACUAAAUCCGAGUCGGCCCCUAGUCGUGCCCGUCGAGUCCAACGUCUCAAGAGCUCUUGACGCAGAAGCAAAUUUCAAUCCUCACACAGGGCAUCCCGUUGAUAUCUCCGACAAUGCCACAGUUGAUGUCGUCGUCGAGGACGGACCCCCUCCAGAUGGCGGCUUGAGAGCUUGGCUUCAGGUCUUGGGUUCAUUUUUCUUGUUCUUCAACUGUUGGGGCACCGUCAAUGCUUUUGGCGUCUUCCAAACCUAUUACCAGGACAAUCCCUUGUGGCACCAGACCCCUAGCAAUAUCUCCUGGAUUGGGUCCAUUCAAGCCUUUCUACUUCUUUUGAUCGGCGUCUUCACCGGUCCGGCAUACGAUGCCGGCUACUUUCGCGCCCUCAUCAUAGCCGGUGCUGUCCUGAUUCCCUUUGGCUUCAUGAUGACCUCGAUCGCCAAGACAUACUGGCAGACGAUGCUCGCUCAGGCCUUUUGUAUCGGCCUGGGGAACGGCUGCCUCUUUGUGCCCAGUGUAGCCAUCAUCCCUCAGUAUUUUUCCAGGAAAAAGGCGCUGGCCAAUGGCAUCGCCGCCGCGGGUUCGAGUUUUGGAGGCGUCGUCUUUCCCGUUGUUUUCCGUGAACUCGAACAAAAGGUAGGGUUUGGAUGGGCCACGAGAGCCAUGGGGUUCAUCUCACUCGUCACCGUGUCGUUUGCCGUCUUGGUGAUGAAGCAACGAGUCCAACCUAGAGGUAAACGGCAGCUGGUAGACCUGACGGCCUUUCGAGAUCUUCCAUACAUACUUUUCUGCAUUUCCAUGAUGAUGGGCUUCAUCGGCUUUUACGGGCCGAUCUACUACAUUGGGCCCUACUCGAUUCAACGCGGCCUCACCAACGAGAAUCUCGGCUUCUAUAUGCUACCCAUCCUCAAUGCGGCUAGUGUUCCUGGUCGAAUUGUGCCCAACUUCCUCGCUGACCACAUCGGCCCUUUAAACCUCUUGGUGCCGUGUGCGCUCGUCACAGGAGUGCUGGCCUUGGUCUGGGUUGGAGUGCGGACGUUUGGCGGCAUCAUUGUCUUUGCUGUUCUCUAUGGAUUCUUUUCCGGCGGCUUUGUUUCCCUGCCGCCUGUGGCCAUCGUCACGUUGACCAAGGACAUGAGCAAAAUCGGAACACGCAUGGGCCAGUGCUUUGUCUUCUCUGCCUUUGGCCUCUUAAUGGGUACCCCUGUCUCGGGUGCCAUCCUGCGCAACACCGGCUCAUGGCUCGGCGUCCAGCUGUUUUCGGGUCUGACCAUUUUUGUGACAGGUGUAUUGCUGUUCUGUGCCCGCUUCGCUGCUGUGGGUGCUAAUCUGAAGCAGAGAGCUUGA